GAUAGAAUCAACUAGGAAGUGACGCUAUCGCUUGGCAAUAUGGAUCCCAUCGAGGUGUUAUCUACUUUAUCGCAUUUAGAGGGCCCGAAAACGAAUAUAUGUACUGAUCAAUCCAUUUCAGCUUGUGCUCAUGUAUUUUCUCGUCAUUCAUUGGAUGGUAAUGUAAGGACUCUAUUAUCGCCUACCACUGGCGACGCCAGUGCCGAUACUCCGGAUAUCGCAUAUCGCAGUGACCAUGGACCAAAGGAUCCUGUAAUUUCGUCCGACGUAUAUAUGCCAUUUGAUUCUAGUGCACUUGUAUCGGCAUAUCCUUCCAUAAAUGUCCCUAUACAGCCUAGCAACGUUCCUUUAAGGUUCUUAAGUGAAUCCUUUCGGCUAUUAUCAGUAUCAUUGUCUAGGCUGCCAGGUUUUAAAUUGGAUGGAAAUUUGUCUUCAUUUGACCCAAUGGUUAUUGAUGCCUCUAGUUACUUUACACAACUUGUGGAUUCCUUUUUUGGGUACCUCGACCAGAUGGUGGUCCCCAAGCUGUGCACAGAUAACGAUGAUCCAGGGUCACAGGAGGUCAUCCAAAACUGUGCUAAAGACUACCCCAAUGGCUAUGACCGUAACCUCUAUCGUUGGUUACUUCAGUGUCACGUAUUAUGGUACAACUGGGUACUUCAAAUGCGAUAUCACACUAAUGUUGCUAUGGGUUUUGCUAAAUCAGUGCCUGGUGAAUCCGAUUCACAGCGUGUGCUCACUACAGCCCUUGGUUUAAAGGAGUCUAACCGGAACAUGGUUUUGUACUCUAGAUUAUGUGUCCAGCUUCGCGAAUUAUUGCACAACUCCGAAUUGAGUCUCAAUCGUGUUAUUUGGGAGUUAUUAAGCCGUAUGCACAUUUUAGGUCAUGUUGGUGGUGACCAGAGGGAUGGAUCCAAGUCAUGGUCUCGCAUAUCAGAUUUGUUAUCUGACGAUCUUAGGGCUGAGCAUGUAACUGGUAAUGACGAGGAACUGUUUAGGCAUAACCUUAAGCGUAUGCGUUAUGAGAUGGAUGCUCGUAUAAAAAACAAGGGUCAAUGUGACGCUUUGGCUAAGGAGUGUGACUAUUUGGCUCAGGAGCAUUCUGCUCUUACAGGUCGCAAGUUAACUCUUGCAUCCAAGUUAGAGCAGAUCACUAAGGUCCUGAAAGAGCUGAUUAGCUCCUACAAAACUGAGAUACAAGUAGACAUCUUGAAGAUUCCUGAUGCUAAGAAGCUGGCGCCACUGCUGUAUCACCUCGGAAGUCGCAUACAGCUUUACUCGUUGUCCAACCCAAAUCGCGAAAUAUUCAUCAAGGUUAUAAAGGAUCGUGAAUACUCACUUAGGAUGUCAUUAUCAGCGCCUCGGGAUACCGUGAUACCAAAUAAUGACGCCGCUUCCAAAUGCUUCCCCUUAAACUUCCGUAUAUAUCUAGACGACACUGGACACCUUCGUGUCAAUAAGCCGAAUUACUCAUUCAACAUAAUGCCAAUCGGUACCUGUACUGUAACUCCUGGGCAAUCUACUGAAUCUAUCCCUGAUAACAUGGGUCUCGAUGAGUUUAGUACUGGUGACUAUGAGCUGCCUAUAGCAUUUCGUCAAUCAAUUGACUAUUGGUAUGAUACCGCUAUAUACUAUAUUUGGAACAAUUAUUUAAUUGAGUGUUACCGUCGCAAUCGUUUGGAGAUUACUUCUCUGCUGCCUCCGGAGUUAUCACUAGCUCGUGCAUCGUGCUACGAGUACAAGGACAGCAUAUUGCUACUGAGUAACUCGUGCGCAUCCGUGAAGGUGCGCUUGCAAAUUGACGCUGACCAGCGUCCUAGUUGUUCAUUCGAUAGUUUUGAGUGCCAUGGGCGCUUAUCUAUAAAUCGCCACGUCCCAUUGAUAGACAAGGUAUCUCCCAAAUUCAAUCCCGUUACCCAUGACAAUGUCUGCAAGUUACUGGAAUCUACUGGCCUCGACAUUCUAUCGCACUUUGGAUCUGAAUACCGUAUAUUCCAGGUAGCACUGUUGUUAGAGGGCUACGCCUACAUCUUCGACUGGUUAUCAUCACUGGAGUACAAGUCUCAAGAUUGAGAUAUUUUCUGGCAUGCUGCUGGUAGGGGUCCUACGCAU